AUGAUUCGGGAUAACCUCACCCUGACGUCCUGGUUACUGCUGGGCGGCUUAGUCCAAGGGCUCGCCGGUAUGGCGCUGGGUCCCCUCGCCCUCCUGCCCACCGUCUGCAUCCUGCUGUAUCGGACCAUCGACCAUGUGCUGAUGGCCUGCCACAUCACCCCGAACCGCUAUCUGGCCGGCACCGUCCCCACCAAACACAGCGCGCAGGCCCCCACCCCGGAGGGCACCUUUGGCAGCGAGCCCGCCGCCGAGUCCCUCGUGGUGUUCCUGCUGGGCGCCCGCUGCAACCAUCCCCUGGGCAUGCUGGCGCCCGGCAUGCGAGAGCUGGGCGAGGGCGCCGCGCGGAUGAGCCAGGCCAUGCGGGCCGAACCCGUCAAGUAUGGCCUGCUGGGGACCACGCACUGGCUGAAGCAGGACAGUCCGGCGGGGAACGAGUCCCUGAACAUCUUCUAUUUGCGCAGCUACGAGGACCUGCACCGAUUCGCCCACGACGAAGUCCACAUGGACGGGGUGCGGUGGUGGUCGCGCAUCGCCAAGGACCAUCCCCACUUGGGCAUCUACCACGAGACCUAUCUGGUGCCCCGGGGGCACUGGGAGAAUAUCUACUUCAACACCCACCCCACCGGCCUGGCCAACACCUGGUUUCCCGUCCGGGACCCGGGGGCGGCCACGCCGGAGACCGUGCAGCAAUGGGUCCGGCCCCUGGUCGAUGCGCGCAGUGGCGUGUUGCGAUCCGGGAGUAAGCGGUUGCAGCUGGCCCAUCUGGAGGCCCGCGAAAAGGAACACCAUGACAUGUAUGACAGUAGAAGGGCUUCGGGAUUCUUUAAUUUCCCCCGUAUCUCCCCACUCGUCGCUCUGGGACCUCAACCCACCACCACCACCAUUCCGUCCCCAUGCAUUCCGAAUCCCCUCCCGACUCCCGGCCACGACGCAUCCGGGGAAAGAGAUCGAUAUCUGGGUGUCGCACCUGUCGGUAAGUAUGAAGGUCAUAUGAAUAACGUCCCCCGCCAGCCAACCGAUCCUGAAGGAGGUAGAGCCCGUCAUAUCAAAUGUGACGAAACCCCCGGAGUCUGUCGCAAUUGCACCUCCACCGGCCGUGCCUGCGAUGGCUACGACAUGUAUCGACUGCCCGCGCUGGGAAAAUCCAUGCGGAAGCGUCUCGGGGCCUCCCCGAUCGCCCUCGACAUCGGCAGCGGCUUUCGCUGGCCCAUGACCUCCGACGAGCGCCGCUGCUUCACCUACUUCCAACACCACACCGUGCCCACCUUCCGCGAACUGUUCGACUCGUCGCUCUGGCAGCGCCUGGUCCUCCAGAUGGCCCACUCCGAUCCCGCCGUGUAUCACGCCGCCGUGGCCCUCAGUGCCGUCCAUCAAGACUCCGAAACCAAGGGCAUGCCGCUGGCCGCCGACCUCCCGCCCACCCACCAAGACCCCUGGCUGCGCUUCGCCCAGGAGCAGCUCGGCCGCGCGUUCCAGAUUCUCACGCGCCGCUGGGCCUCGCACGAUCCCCGCCUGCGCAACAUCACCUUGCUCUGCUGCCUGUUAUUUGUCCUGUCCGACCUCCUGCGCGGCCAGUACGACGGCGCCUUUGCCCAUCUGCGCAGUGGGCUCCGCAUUCUGCAAGAGCUCCAGGCCGAGCGAGAACUCGUCGCGCCCACCCCACGCGAAGAGCGCGUCGAACAGGGUCUGGUGGCCGCCUUUGCCCACCUCGACAUCAGUGCCGCGCACUUUGGCCAGGGAUGUCCCCUGCUUUGCAUUGAUGCCCUACCCACCGCGGCCCACGCCCACAUGGAAUCUGGCGGCAUCUUCCCGACCAUCCGAGAAGCCCACGACGCCUUAUACCUCGUGAUCAGCGCCGCCUAUCGUUUCAUCGUCCCCUGCAUGGGCAUGUCCGAGGACGAACUGGCCCACCACUACGACACCCUCCUCCCCCAGCAACUCCGCAUCUAUUCCCAAAUCGCCCACUUCUGGCACUCCUUCGAGCCCUUCUACCGCACGUCCUACUCCCACCUCAGCUACAAAGACCAACGCAGCGCAGACAUCAUCCAUCUCCAAUACCGGGGAUUACUGGUCUCCGUGAAAACGUGCACGGUGGUGCGCAAUGCCGCGGCCAUGGCGGGCUUUACCGCGGACUUGGAGGCGGUGGUAUCGCUGGCGGAGGGGAUUUUACAACGGUACCCGGAACGGCCGACGGUCAGCGUGGGUUACGGUAUCAUUGCCCCGCUGUAUCACUCCGCGCUGAGCUGUCGGGAUUAUCGGGUCCGAUGGCGGGCCAUCCAGCUCCUGCGCGCGUGGCCGCAUCGGGAAGGGCCAUUUGAUUCGAACUGGGUGGCGUCGUUGGCGGAGGAGGCAUUGCGAUUGGAGUUUUUGGCGCGGCCGGGAGCGAGUCUCGAUCUCAGUGAGGCUGCGGGUGUUUCGGACGAUGAUGAGUUCUCACCGACACGGAUUCUGCGGGAGAUUACGGAACGGCAGCGACGGACGCCUGUGCGACGGACGGAUGAGCCGGGGAUGGAGGGAAAAGAUCCCCGUACGUUCCCGAUGGAGGUCCUGGGGUCGGUGAAAUCGGUGGUUGGGUGGUCGUGUAUGCGCGCUUUUCUGGCGACGUAUUCUCAUUGA